GACUGGCCCAGCCCCUUCUUUCCUUUCCUCUCUUCUGCUCUCCCGCCGGGCGCCUGAGGGAUAGUUACUUAGCGGUUUCGAGGAUCCGCUGUUGUUUCGGCAGGGAACCGCCACCGCCGCCCGGGAAUCAGCAGCAGCCCCUCCUGCCCUCCUCCGCCCCCCCUCUCGCGCUCAGUCUCUCUCUCUCGCUGAUAGCUAUGGCCAAGGAGGAGAAGAAGCCCUUCCGCCAGUCUAUGGCUGAGUGGCGGCAAUUCAUCUACAAUCCGAAUAGCGGCGAAUUUCUGGGGCGGACCGCCAAGAGCUGGGGUUUAAUUCUUCUGUUUUAUCUCAUAUUCUAUGGCUUCUUAGCUGCACUCUUUACAUUCACAAUGUGGGUAAUGCUUCAGACUUUGAGUAGUGAUAUACCCAAGUACCGUGACCGGAUUUCUAGUCCAGGGCUUAUGAUUUCACCAAAGCCAGAUUCUGCACUGGAAUUCUCACUAAUUAGAAAUGACUCAAGAUCUUAUAGACCCUAUGUGGAAAAUCUUCAUAAAUUUCUUGGAGCAUAUGAUGAUUCAAAGCAAUCCAGGAACAUUCGGUGCAUUCCAGGACAGCUCUUUGAUCAAAAUUCUGUUAACAAGUCAGCGUGCCAAUUUAGUCGCAGUAAACUGGGACCAUGCUCUGGACUACAGGAUGAAAAUUUUGGUUAUGCCAAUGGAACACCAUGUGUUAUUAUAAAAAUGAAUAGAAUAAUUGGAUUAAAGCCUAAUGGGAAGCCCUUUAUAGAUUGUAAACCCAAGGAAGAUGGCAAGGCUACAAUACAGUAUUUUCCUGAUGGGGGAGAAAUUGAUUUGAUGUAUUUCCCAUACUAUGGGAAACGCUUACAUCCUGACUACUUACAGCCUUUAGUGGCAGUUCAAUUAAUAUUUAAUACAACCAGUACCAAAGAAGAUGUAACAGUUGAAUGCAAGAUCAUGGGAGCAAGCAAUUUAAAAAAUGAAGAUGAACGUGACAAGUUUCUGGGACGUGUUUCCUUCAAAUUCCAGAUAUCUAAAUAGAAGUCAUCAAAAUCUUCACAAAGUAAACUUUGUGUUCUUUUUUUUUAAUCAGCGGGACCUGCCAUUCUGGGAGAUGAGACCACCUUUGAGAAGCUUGGGGUGGAACAUGGCAUUCAGGGUAGCAUAAUAAUGUGCUUCCAAAUAAUGUUUUAAAACCCUCACAAAGUUAACUGCCCAUCAUGCUUUUGCCUACCAUGUUGGACCAGUGUACAGACAUAGUCAUUUUAGGGACCUGUAAAUAGUUUCCAAACAUGUAAUCAUGGUGAACUUUGUCCUGUUCCAAAAUGUGGGCUUUUCCCCCAAGUGAGUGUCUCAAAUGUGCCGUGCUAUGCUAUGUAAAUAUUGUAUUGGUUUAACACUGGUUUAACUGUCAUAUCAAUACCGACAAAGACAAGUGAGAAUUUCAAUCUACCCAAUGCAACAUAGUGAGUUGUAUUUGUGCAGGGAUGCCUUAAGACCUGUAGUGGGUAGCAGAUAGAGAUUUAAGUGGAUUUUAAAUGUUAGUAUUGAUUUUUGACAUUAUUUAAAUAUUGAACUAGUCUGUCGUGCUUGUCAUUGUGCAGGAAUUGUGUGUAUGUGUAAUAUUUGGUCUAGAUUUGAUAUUUUAGUUGAGAAAUUGAUGUCAUACUGUUAAUUGCUUGCUGUUUUGUGAAGCACAGAAAACCAAUACAAUGUCACUUUUAAAACUUUUUAGUUAAAAACUAUAAGUAUGAAACAGCUUCUUUACAAUGUCUAUGGUUUAGAUACCUGAUAACAACUGUAUACAAAGCUGCUUGAAAGACCAGACCUCACUAUGUGGGAGUAGACUUAUACUUUCCAAUAAUAAAAAAAUCCCUGAAUGGAGAAACAUCUAUUAAAAUUUUAAAGUUAAGUAAGGACUGUCUUGAUUAAACAUUCCUUUAUUUGUA